AUGAUCCCCUCACAUUCAUUCUUUAACACCUCGGAAGUAUAAAUCUCUACCUUCUUCCUCAUUGGNGUUGGGUUCCCAGGCAUGGAGCAUGCUCACAUUUGGGUCUCCAUCCCCAUUUGCCUCAUGUACCUCCUUGCCAUCUUGGGGAACUGCACCAUCCUCUUUUUCAUGAAAACAGAGACCUCUCUGCAUGAACCUAUGUAUUAUUUCCUCUCCAUGCUGGCCUUUUCUGACCUGGGACUGUCCAUCUCUUCCGUUCCAACCAUGCUGAGAAUCUUCUUGUUCAAUGCCACUGGAAUUUCUCCUGAUGCCUGCUUUGCCCAGGAGUUCUUCAUUCAUGGAUUCUCAGCUAUGGAGGCAUCAGUACUUUUAAUCAUGUCCAUCGAUCGCUUGAUAGCCAUCUAUAGUCCUCUCAGAUAUACCUCCAUCCUGACCAGUGCCAGAGUCAUUAAAAUUGGCCUCGUAUUUGCUGCAUUAUGUAUUAUGUUUGUUCUUCCUUUCCCCUUUAUUCUAAAGAGACUGAAAUUCUGUAGGAAAAGCCUUCUAUCCCACUCCUACUGCCUCCACCAGGAUGUCAUGAAGCUGGCCUGUUCUGACAACAAGGUCAAUGUCAUCUAUGGACUAUUUGUGGCUCUUACAUCUUUAUUGUACUUGGUGUGCAUUUCUGUGUCUUACAUGUUGAUCUUGAAGAUUGUUCUGGGCAUUGCCUCACACAAGGGCCGCCUCAAGGUCCUCAACACUUGCAUCUCCCACAUCUGUGCUGUGUUCAUCUUCUAUGUGCCUAUUGUCACCUUGGCCGCCCUUCACCGCUUUGCCAAAAAUGCUUCCCCAGUUGUUAGGGUCAUCAUAGCUGAUAUCUUCCUUCUGGUUCCCCCUCUAAUGAAUCCCAUUGUGUACUCUGUGAAGAGUCAGCAGAUUAGAAAUCGGAUCCAGGCAAAACUAUGUGAGAAACAAGUUUGA